CGCGAGCUUUGUGACGCGUUUGUGAUACGCGCAAAUUGACGCGAUCAUCUCGGGAACGCGCAAGAGCAGCAAUGGCCGCUUUGGAUCGGCAAAAUCCUAAUCUCGACGAUUUUGUUGGAUUAAACUGGAGUUGUUGGGUAGAAAGAGUGAAUAUUUUACCAUCUGACGCUGAGUCUAAUGUUGAUGACAGCAGCAAGCAUGUGAGAAACCCCCCCGAGGCCAUGACCCUCAAGAAAGAAGAUAUGCACACAUUUGGCCGUUGCCCUUCACACGAUGAGAUCUCUCUGGUGGUGUGCAGCCACUGUGGCCAGGUGGUGAAGCCUCAAGCCUUUGAGAAGCACUGUGAGAGGCGGCAUGGUCCUCUCACUAAGACGUGUGGACAGUCUUCUUCAGCUUCACAGCAGCGACUUCGCCCUGCACGCCCUCUUGCAAAUCAUUCCUCCUCUAGACAGAAGCAGAAAGAUACCAGAGGUCAUGGAGCCAGUGCCCACUCCUCAGCAGUGUCACCGGUACACCAGCACAGGCCUAGCAAGGCCCAGCAGGAGGCAGUGAGUUUUCAUUCAGUGGAGACGUUCCCUCAGGAGAAGUCUUCUCUCCCACAACACUCGUCCCCCUCCAUGCCUCGCCCCAGGGUCCCUGCAUGGCACUCAGGACCCCUGCCCCCUGGCCCCUGUUCCUCCUCCACUUCUCCAUCAGAGUUACCCCCAGUGCAGAAGCCCACAGCUGGGCAGUCCAGUGAGUCUCAUAGUCCUCUCCGGGGAACGAGAACCUACAGCCGGACUUAUAAAAAUAUCAACAAGAAAGAAUGUGACCUGAACACACAGUAUGGGGUUCUGGAUCCAGAGAGGAAGAAGCUGUGCAGCCAGGAGCUUAUAUGCAAUACGGAUUCCAUCCACCAGGAGCAGAACGCUUUGGGAAGGACUAAGACCGUUGAUCAAUUGACAGAGGAGCAGAAAACAGCCUCUGGAGGCCAAGAUAUGGAGCAGCUUCCUGUCAAAUCAAAAGACAAAGAGCAACAUCAACAACAACACGAGAAAAUAACACUGCAGAGCAGUAAAACAUUUAACAGCAACAGUCACGUUCUCAGGGUGGUUGCCUUGCGUACCUUGCAUCCGUUUGGAGUGUCCACAGUCCCAUCAGAAAGCAUUCCAGUGGAGCAAGGCGGCAGCACUGUGGAAGUGGAGGCACAGCCGCAAAUUCUCUUCAACAAAAGCCUGUUUUCAGGCGAGGAGAGUGAAGACAUUGAGCAGGCGGAAGACAUAGACCUGCCUGCCACACCCUGGCACCCCAAACCUCUCGGGCUAUGCACUUUUGGAUGCCGCACAUUGGGUUGCAGUAUCUUCACCUUCAACCGCCGAUGGCACCACCUGCGGUUUGCCCUCAGUGCCAUGUUGGAGCAUCAUGUGAGCACACACUUGUGGAAGAAAAUGCCUCAAGUAUCAUCAGGUCUCAGGUCCUGUCAUGUCACACCUCCAACUGUAGGAUCACCUGUCAGGACUGCCAGACCCACCAAAUCCACUUGCUCCCUCAGCCUUGAGCCUACCUCACUGGGACCACUGGAAACCAAAACCAGUCAGCACAACUCUCACAGUAUCAAACCGAUGUCUUCCACCACAUCUGCAAGACUGAUACAGGAUGCAAGUGCAGCACAGAAAGCUGCUCACAGCGGUGAAGACAAAUCUUUCAAAAACAUCAGGGACCCCCUCAAUGAGAAGGGCCAGCAGCCACACGUCCCCUCCAAUCAAGGAACGGUAAACGGCACCAUUUCACACAAAAAGAAGGCAUGCCCUCCUCUCAACCACUCCCCCCGCAGCAGAGGGAAGCCCCCGGGGAUUCAGCAGAAGGUGGUGGGCUACGACCACAGAGGUCCUUCCAAAAAGCGCAAAGUCAGCAAUGAGUCUCAGCCCAUCAGCUCCUCGCGGUCCAGAACCAAGUGUCAACGCUUGUCCUCCCCUUCACAGAGAGGAGAGCGAAUGGAAAGAAUAACGGGCGCUCGCAUGCUGUGGGCCUGGAGGAAAGAUUCAACUCCUGAAGACCAAUAAAGAGGCCAGCCUUACAAAUACACUUGGAGAAGAAGUCUGCUGCUGCAGCUGCUGCCUGCAUGGUAUGUGUGUGUCUGUUUCUGUCCACAAAUGAUUAGGUCUUCACAUUUUUAUGCACAGACAUCAGGAAUAAAUAUUUGUCUGCAUGUUACCAUUUGUAUGUAUUUUUGCAAACAGUCAAUUUUUCUAUGUGACUAAAUGUCUCAGUUUGUUACUUGUGUCAGAAUGUAAAAAUACCUCAAUCUACUCAUGCUGCUAAAAUGAAAAGUGAUAUUAUCAAAACAAUAAAAAAUUCCUCAAUCCAUA